AUGAAGUUCUUCUCCAUCGCCAUUGCUGCUAUCUUCGCCAUCGGUGUUACCGCUGGCCCGGCCAACUCUGGUUUUGAAAAGCGGUGCCUUGCCGAGGGUACCACCUGUGCUUCCGGUACUGCAUGCUGUAGCGGUGCCUGCAGCAGCACUGGCAGCACUCCUGGCACUUGCAUGCCCUAA